AUGGAUUGUGGCGAUAAUUUAGCUGUCGUAUCGUCUCAAAUUGUCGAAGCCAUUGACGAAACUUCAAAUUACGCAAUGCUGAACUUAAUUGAGGUAUAUUUAAACGCUCUAGAGUUUGAAAUAGAAUGUAUAUCGUUGAUAAGAAGAGUUUCUGAAUGGAAAUAUAUGAUGGAAAAGACAAAUAAUCGCGUUAUGAUUCCACACUGUAAGGCGAUUGUUCCAAAAGUCAAUUUGACAGCGUAUUACAUCUUUUAUAUGCAUCGCUUCAAUCUACUGCUGCAGGAGAAUGAACGUAAAUUUACCACUAAUAUUCUAACACAGAUUAUGAUAUUGCGCAUGAAGCCAUAUUUUUCUAGUGCAGUUAAUGGUAUGUGCGAUGCUGUGAAACUACUCGGUAGCUACAAGGAUUUUCCUAGAGAUAUUUGUGUUAAAAUUGCUUGCAAUUAUAAACCAAUGGUACAAAAAUCUCAAGAUAUAUAUCCCAUUGGAUUCAAUACUGGAGUGAGACAAUAUUCAAUAAGAAUAACUUCCAAAGAAUACAGUGCUGAUAUUCGAAAAAAAUUAGUAGGUUUAAAUUCCGUUAGAAUCAUUACAGACCAUAAACAAGAUUCGAUAUUUACUACUCCCAUUGAAUGUAGUACAGUUUAUAGACAAUAUUUAAAAGAUACAAAUUCUGUUGGAAUCAGUACGGACCAUAAACAAGAUUCGUUAUAUCCAACUUCCGUUAGAAUCAGCUCAGAUAACAGACAAGAUUCAAAAGAUACAUCUUCCAUUGGAAUCAGUACAGACCAUAGACAAGAUUCGAUAUAUACAAGUUCCCUUGGAAUCGGUACAGACCAUAGACACUCAAUAGAUACAAUUUCUAUUGGAAUCAGUUCGGUCUAUAGACAAGAUUUGUUAGAUACAUCUUCCAUUGGAAUCAGUACAGACUAUAGACAAAAUUCGAUAUAUGCAACCUCCGUUGGAAUCAAUACGGACUCUAUCCAAGAUUCAUUGGAUAAAACUUCUAUUGGAAUCAGUACAGACCAUAGACAAGACUCAAUAUAUACAACAUCCGUAGAAAUAAAUACCGACCCCAUACAAGAUUCAAUACUACAGAUUAUAAAAUUCCCUUUGGUUUUCAACUAUAGUUUAUGGAAAGCGACUCUCUGUGGCUAUAAUAAACUUGAUUCUUCGGCAUACAUUCUGAAUUUCAGAUAUUUUGACGACAUGUUAAAUCUAGACCCCGCUUUGGACUACAUAAAUACGUUUGUUGAGCCACUGAACAGCUUCGUUUUCCUGAAAACGGUACUAAAGGACCUGGGAAAGACGUUUUUAAAUGCUGUUAUUCCCUGCCCUAUAUGA